CUGCUAUAAAUGGCAGGAUCGUACAGUGGAACCGAUUCAUCUUUCACUGCGUCACUCUGUGUUCCUCUGAUGUUUCUUCCUUCACUUUUCUACUAUCUUCCUUGUUGUUGUUGUUGUUUCUCUGACAAACCCGCUUCGCAUUCAGAUUUCACAGUCCUCAAUUGGAAGCGCGUUGUUCCGAUUGCGUGAACAAUGGGGAAAUGGGAUCAUCGUCCUCGUAGAUUCUUUCGCCCUCGAAGAUCGCCGGAACCGCCACCCAAAUUCUACGAUAUCAAUGCCCCUCUUCCUGAGUUUCGGCAGGACGGAAUACCUUUAUGGGAGAAGAAAUAUUGUACUAAGAUUGGAUCAGUACCAUGGCAGAAGAUUGUUGAUUCGAAGAAGUCUAUGUACUGCCACAGCAAUGUGCACAAUUGGAAUGACUCAGCUGCUGAAGAGGCAUUUCAAAACGCCAAAAAACGUUACUGGGCAAGAAUCAACAACCUUCCGUGCGAUAUUUCUCUGCCCGAUCCAGAAUCUUUUAUUGAGCAAAUUGACUGGAACCCUUAUAUUGAUCCUGAACAGAUAAAGGAAUUAGACAAAGCAUUCUUUGUUCUCCCUGAUGAGGAACAAGGGGAUGCCACAAAAAACAAAAGAACAAAAACUUCAGUUGAUGAUGAAGAUGCAUGGAAACCUACUGGUACACCUCUUAGCAGAGUUUUAGAAAAUAAAGAAUGGAACCAGGAGGAUUAUCAUGAUGAUUCUGGAAAUAUGGACAAUACUGACAAUCCCUGGGAGUGUAGUGUUACUCGUCAAAAUGGAGGAUUAACUGGCAAUGACAAUCCCUGGGAGUGUAGUGUUACUCCUCAAAAUGGAGGAUUAACUGACAAUUCAUGGAAAGGGGAUCAUGCUCAGUCAUGGGGUUGGAAUGAAGGAAGGGACCAUGACAAUCAGUGUAGGGAUUGGAAUUCUGGAUUCUCACAGAAGGAUAAAGGAUGGGGUAAAGUUGGGUGUAGUUCUUGGAGCCAGCAACAGUCAAAUGAUUGGGCUAGCUUUAGCAACUCUUGGGGAUGUAAGUCUAGCCAGCAGAAUGUAACUCCAGUAAAUACAGGAUGGGGAAACAGGGGGGCAAAUGUGUCAGGAUGGAAGCAACAGGAAAAUACUGAUCUUUCAAGGGGUUUGCAAUUUAAAAGGAAUAAUGGAGGUUGCAGUGCCUGGAACCAGAGUUACCAAAGGAGGGAAGGCUCUUUUAGACAUAAUUCAGGCUAUAAUAGUUCUCAAUUUCAAAGGGAUGAUCGUGAAACUGGUAAUUACUGGAGGAGGGAUAGAAGUAACAAAAGAGAUUUUGCCCGCUAAUAUCGAUUAGAACGUUCCGCACCUUCUUUUUUUGUUUUAUAAUUUUGUUUAUACUGGUCAUUUUGAAAUGCCAGAGUGGAACUUUCCUUCUGAGUUUUGGGGGGAAGCUGGUUUUUUGCUUGCAAAGGGUUAUUCAAGAGUACAGGAUUUUCAUACCUCACUGUCCUCUUCCCAAGAGAAUUAAAUACACCAAGAAAUUUGGACUUUAUUUCUCUGGUCUUAUUAUCGUUUGGUUUUCUCUCAGUCCUUAUAGUGUUAGAAAAAUUACGGGUUGUCUCACACAUUUGUGGCUGAUGGUGAACAUUUUUCAGUACUAAAGGUGGAAACAUUACACCAGGAACUAGAUCUCAUCAACUACACUCUGCAGCAAAGUUGAGCCGAAUUUAGGUGUUAUUUUGGCAAUGCUACAUCUCAUUUGCGCUUCAUGCUUCAGUAAGGAAUUUGGAUCCAAAUUCUUCAGUAGGGUCUCUGCAACUCAACACCUUCUUUUGUUUUAAAAGAGCAGCUUGCCGGGUCUCUUCAUAGUUAUGGGAUGAGUUGUGUAACCUUUGCUUGUAUUGUAGCUUGACAUUUAAAUGUAUAUCAAUAUCAAUGACCCGGAGUUGAAUAAGUUCCCAGUAUAACAGUUCCUAUGGUUUAGCUACCAUGUUAGUAUGCAUGAGAACUAUGAAGAAUUACAGCUUAUAAAUGAUAGUGACAAUGUGACAUGUUAUUUUCCA